GUGAAGGUGGAGGAGGAGGUGACGAGCUGUAACGUCAACACGGACCACAUCUUCUACACCAUCUACUCCACCUUCGGGGCGUUCUACAUCCCGACGCUGCUGCUCAUCGCGCUCUACGGGCGGAUCUACGUGGAAGCCCGGAAGCGAAUCCUCAAGCAGUCGAGCAACAACAAAAAGCCCGGAAAGAGACUCACGUCGGCUCACCUUAUCACCGAUUCUCCUGGAUCUGUGGCCUCCAGCACGUCUCUAACCUACGGGACAAACGACGCCUCUUCCUGCGACACUUCUGUGCAUCAAGUGAAGGUCACGGUGUCCGACGCGCUGCUGGAGAAGAAGAGAAUCUCCGCCGCCCGAGAGAGGAAAGCCACCAAGACUUUGGGCAUCAUUUUGGGCGCGUACAUCGUGUGCUGGCUGCCGUUCUUCAUCUACACCCUGGUAGUGUCCGCCUGUGAUUCCUGUUUCCACCCGGGGCUUUUCGACAUCUUCACCUGGCUGGGAUACCUCAACUCUCUGAUCAACCCCAUCAUUUACACCAUGUCAAACGAGGACUUUAAACGCGCUUUCCACAAACUGAUCCGGUUCAGAUGCUGCCGGGCGUGAAACCAGCCGUCCUCUGUGCGAUCGAGGGAAUGCACUGAGACAACGAGAUCAUCCAAUGUGUGAAAUGUUUGCGUUGCAGCAGCUUACAAGACAAGGCUUGUACGUAAGAGAAAUUAAAAGACUUGAAAUAAACAAUCCAAAAUGUAAACAUCUCAAAUAGAAAUAAAAUCGCAUUAAAAGAG